AUGCCACCGCAAAUACGGCAGAAGAAGAAUUUACGCGUAAUUCAAAACGUGAAUCGAGCGCUCUCGCACAGGUUGAACACGGAUGUACUUGGGAUUCGCAAGGAAGUCAUGAACAAUAAAAUGAAGGAAGCACAAAAGUCUGGAUCGUCCAACACUAGAGCAAAACGUAAAGAUCAGUAUGGAAAGCCUGGAACACAAGCGGUUUCUGCUAGCAAAAAGGCUCGGCGAGAACAGCGUUAUGCAGGAAUGGAUCAGAGUCGGUUCUGGGUUCUACGCUCUGGGCGUUCGGUGGAAGAGAUCCUCCAAAGAGCUAGCCUCCAGGAAGGCUCGACGAUCAUGAUACGGUCAUUUACUAUCGAUUUCUCCUGCGCAGUAACAAAGAAUUUGUUCAGUGAGGAUGAAUGGGAGGAGAUGAUGGAAAAGAAUGUCUUUGAGUUACCGGAGUUGCCGCCCUCAACCAUCAGUUUUCUGUUGAGGAUGAAGAAGGCGUUAGUUAAAAGGGACCCUGCAUGUCAAGUACCACUGCCGGACAUUGAUAAGUUUGCCUGCACUUUAGUCCAGGAUUCCUGCAAGAUUUGGUACAAUGAUCAUAACAUGUUUGCAGCGCACGUGGCAGAGGCUCUACAGCAAGACUCCGUCACCGUUAGUGUGAAUGAUCUGUCGGAGGCUUUUUGGGCUCGCAAAUCUUGA